AUGGUCGCUCCCUCCUCCUCGCUCCCUGUCUGGCCGACACGCCGGCGGCUCAGGUCCUGGAGCGAGCCGUCCUGGAGUCCCGGGUCCGAGAGGUGGAAGAGGAGAACCGACAGAUCCGGCUGCAGCUCAGCCAGUCGCAGGGCGCCGCCGCCCAGCAGCCGGACGGAAACUACGGUAACCAGCAGUGGGGGGCGUCGGCGGACACGGGACCCGAGGACGGGGACAACACAGCGGAGGAGAAGAGCAACCACACAGAGUGUCCCCGGUCGCCCACCGUCCAGAAGUGCGAGCUGAUCCACGUGGCGUGCGUUUGUGCCGGUCACAACGCCAGCAGAGACGUGGUCACGCUGGUCAAGUCCGUCCUCUUUCACCGGAGAAAUCCGCUUCACUUUCAUUUCAUCACAGACACAGUUGCCAAUCGUAUCCUGAGUUCUCUCUUCCAGUCCUGGAUGGUCCCGUCUGUGCAAGUCAGCUUCUACGACGCAGACGAACUCAAG